AUGUCGCGUUGGCUGCUCCAUUAUUCGCCGUUCGCCGUCUUGGUCCGUCUCUGCAGUCUUUCGAUCCUGCUGACGUUCGGCUGCAUGCAAGUCUUUCACUUCUCGGCCGCCACGGAGCCCGACCUCUUCAAGCUCAGCCGGAGCCUGUUGGCAUGGAUCACCCUCUCGAUCGCCUUGAUGCUGGCUUACUUUUGCACCCAGCAGGACAUCUCGCUGGAAAUGGACCGGGACGACCGACGCCGGAGGCAGAUCUUGCGCCUGAAGUGUCUAUAUGUCAUCUCCGCCUGCAGCCUAUUCAGUUUGACCGUGUUGGUUUGUCUGGUACAUGUCGAUGCCGUGACGUGGAGCAGGGCUGACAUGGAGACCCUGAUCCAUUCGAUAGUCUCUCGCUGGCAGAAAACCUCGGCCGUGUUCAAGACCGAAUUGUGA